AUGAAUACUAAUGAUGCUAUGGAAGUUUGUUUUGGAGUACAAAGUGAAAUGAAUAUUACUUCGGACAAGGUGAAGGAAUUAUUCUUAUCACAGAAAGUGACUGAAAUUAAGGAAGAAGAGAAGGAAACGGAGGAUGAAAUUGGAAAAUAUGUAACCUUUAACAUUUUAAAUACUACAGAACCAAAGAGAUAUAAUAUUUUGUUAUCACACCCAAUGUUAUCUUCACCUGUUUAUGAGAGAACUGCCUAUGUCUUGCCUGAUAACAGACAACGUUUUGCUGUUAUUCUGGGAAAACGUGCUCAUGAAUUAAAGAAGAAGAAAAAGAAGAAAAAAUCAAAGCAAUUGAAUUCCACAAGUAAAAAGGAAACUAAUGAGACAAAUCAGAAGGUUGAAAAUAACACAGAUUCUGAUGUGGUAUUUGAUAUUGAGAAAUUAACAGAUCCUAAUGACCCUAAUUUAUUGAAGAGUAGAAUUCCAUUGUCAAUUGAACCUGUGGCCGCUCCAGAAGUAUCUGUUAAUAAUGAUUUUGAUGAAGAUGGAGAGUAUAACGACUUUGAUGAGGAUUUGGAAAUUUAUGAAGACAACAAUGCCAUUCUGGAGGAGUCUCUGAUAAACAUGGCAGUCAAUCAAACUUUAGAAGAACAAAGCAAGCGAUACGUAGAUAAUUUGGUAGAAGAACUGGAAGCAAAGUAA